CCUUUAUAAUGCUCAGAGUGUCAAAAGUUCGCACUAUUGUAUUCCCUCCUCUUCUUUCUCUUCUUGAAUGGUUUGUGGUUUAAUAUUUGAAUUAUUUUUUCUGCUACUUUUUAGGACCACUUCUCAAUAUAAUAUGGAUUUUUUUAUUUUUAUUUUUUUAAUUUACUAUGGAAUUUGUUCAUGAUGAUACUAAUGCUGAUUAAUGCUAAUAUUUCUCUCCAUUCCACAUAUUUGAUGGAACAUAAGUAGUUGUAGCGAGGAUUCGAACCAUCAUCGAGAUCGAAUAAUAACUUGUAGCUGAGCAGUUCAAAGAAGCCCAAAUAAAAACUCAGAAGAAAUGCAGAGAAUUUUUAUGGCACCAUACAAGCCAUUGAAUAUUCUUCGAUCCACUUAAUAUCUCUGGUCCGCCACCGACUCACAAAUAGAGCAGAGAAGCUGCGGGAAGAAAUCGAAGGAAAAAGAUAUUUCACAGGAAUUAGAAUCUUGGUUUCUCUGAUAGACAUCACGAGUGAUUCAACAGCAAUGACCAUCGAGUUCCUUCGUGCUCGAUUGUUUUCUGAGAGGACUGUUUCUAAAGCUGCAAAUGGAAGAGCUAAUCAACCGGACAAAAGGGAAUCUGAAGGCUGCAUUGAACAGGGGCAUGCGUGUCUUCCUGAUGUGAUUGCGCUUUUGGAUGAGCCAAUACAUUCUUCGUGCAGGUUCGACCUCUUAAAAGACCUUGUUUUAUUAUCUCUUUGAGAUUUGACUUCCGAUUAGUAUUCAGAAACAAUUUCGCCUCUCUUAUAAAAUAAUUCCAAUAGAAAAUAAUUUGACUAUAACACAGGGGUUAAUUAAUGUUAUUAAUAUAAUGAUAACGCACCGGCAAAUGCUGCCGUGGGCAGCUGUUGGUCCAAAGUGGCCACCCACAGUCCGGUGCAAAUUGUUUCCGGGAGAAAAAGCAUUUCCAAAGGCAGGCAAGUGCAGUGCAGGCCAGAAAAGGCCAAGUUGAGGACAUUGGCGUGAUCUCUGUUCACUGUCACAGCAAAUCAAACCACUUCUUUCCUGUUAUCUUUCUUUUCUUUUUUAAAAUAAAAUUAUUUACAUAUUCUUCAUAUAUGUACAUAUAUUAUAUAAGUUUAUUGCAGAACCUAGAAAAUUUGUAUAUAUAUAUAUCCAUCUCAUUGUUGAGUUGAACUAAAAAUAUCAUAUUACAACUUCCUUAAAGACGAAAGAAGAUUCAUUCAUCUGAACCAAAUGGGUAGAAUGUUGUAGCUUAUUAUUCUUGUUUGUUGAUAAAAAGCCAUUGUUUUCUUUUUUGUUUUAUAAAGAAAAUUAUAUACAUAUCCUUCAAAAAAAUACAAUUAAUUUUUCUUUUUAGAUUUAGGCUUUAGCAUGCAUGUAUGUACACAUAUAGAACCUAGAUUAUAUAUAUACACAUAUAUUUAUAUGCAAUUGAUUGUUGAACCAAAAAUAUUAUAUUAAUGAAUAAAAUAUUAUGACUUGUUGCUGUUAUGCUUAGUUGACAAUUUUGCUAAUGUUGAUGAUCAUAAUAAAACCUAAUUAAUUUGAGUGUUUAUGAUGGAGGAAUGGAGACAUGUAUGUUAUACUGAAAUUUAUAUUUGGGGAUUUAUGCUAUUUCCAAAUAUGCAAAGCUACCUUUCUUUAUUUUGUUUCCUUUUGCUAUAGUAUUGUGUCCCCUCUUUUGCACACCCUUCUUCCUGACGUCCAUUGAUGCCAUCAUUCCACUUCUUCGUUGUCCCCGCGCACAACGCCCCGCCCCGCCCCACCACACCACCAACCCCACCCCCCCUCCUCUCUCUCUCUCUCUCUCCUUUCUUUGCAUUUCUUCUAAAGAAGUGGAUAGAUAUUAGAACAUGACAAUAGACCAUCAAAUUUGAUUCCCCUCUGCGUAUGACGCGAUCUGAUGGCUACUACAUCCACCGAUAUCCCCGAACCCCCUUCCCACAGCAAGAGCGCCCACCGUGGCAGCUUCCGCGCCCCCGGCGUCACCGCCGAACCUUGUUUCUUGAUUCCAGAUUUGCUUUCAAACAAAGACGACUUGGUCGUCCAGGAACCCACCGGGUUCUUGGGCGCCGCCCCCCCGUCCUCCUCUGACGCGAGGGACGACCGGUUGAGCUUCGUGACCGCCAGGACCAGUGACGCCACCGCCGGGAGCGUCGGGGCCUGCUCCAAGAUCAGUGACGUCGCCGGCGACGGCAGCCGGAGGAGCCGCGGCUCGAGCAGCGACGGCAAUGCGGAUGAUGAGUGCAGCAGCAGUAGCAGCAGCAGCAAUUGUAGCGCAUGGAGCACCUCCUGGAGGAGCAGCAGCGGGUCCGGUGGCGGCCGUGGGAACAAGCCGCACCAGGCGAACGAUGGGCGGUGGGACGCUAUUCGCGCCGUCAGAGAGCGUGAUGGAUAUCUCGGAAUGAACCACUUCAGGUUCUUGGAUAGGCUCGGCAAUGGCGACGUCGGUUGCGUGUACCUCGCGAAGCUGACCGGGACGAGGUUCCUGUUCGCCAUGAAGGUGAUGGACAAGGCAGUGCUUGCGUGGCGGAAAAAGCUGAGCAGAUCGCAGACGGAGAGGGAGAUUCUGCAAUGCCUCGACCACCCGUUCUUGCCGACCCUAUACGCCCAUUUCGAGACCAAUAACUUUUCUUGCUUGGUGAUGGAAUUCUGCCCUGGCGGCGACCUCCACAGUCUCCAGCAGCGGCAGCCUGGGAAGUGCUUCACUGAGGAAGCAGCAAGGUUUUACAUGGCUGAAGUUCUCCUUGCUUUGGAGUACCUACACAUGCUUGGGAUAAUUUAUAGAGACCUGAAGCCAGAGAACGUGUUGGUAAGAGAGGAUGGUCACAUAAUGCUCUCUGAUUUCGAUCUCUCUUUAAGGUGUGCCGUCUUCCCCACUCUGGUGAAAUCGACAAAAACUGAUUUGUGUUCCUCGAAGAGUUCUGGAAAAUAUGCUCAACCCUCUUGCGUUGAGCCCACCUGCAUGCAGCACUCAUGCCUGCAGCCCACUUGCUUCUCACCACGUUUCAUAGGACUUGGGAGGCCCAAGGCAAAGAAAGCAAUUCCAAGUGAAGUCGGUGACAGCGGUUCUGUACUCCCUGAGCUCAUUGCGGAGCCAUCUAAUGCCCAUUCGAAGUCCUUUGUUGGAACUCAUGAAUAUUUGGCACCAGAGAUCAUAAAAGGUGAAGGCCACGGAAGUGCCGUGGAUUGGUGGACAUUAGGGAUAUUUUUUUAUGAGCUUUUGUUUGGGAAGACACCAUUCAAAGGGUCUGGAAACCGUGCUACCUUGUUCAAUGUGGUGGCAGAGCCCCUAAAGUUUCCCGAGUCGCCCCCAGUCAGCUUUGCAGCGAGAGACCUGAUCAAUGGCUUGCUUGUGAAAGAACCCCAGCAACGAUUUGCAUAUAGGCGUGGUGCCGCUGAGGUAAAGCAGCAUCCUUUUUUCCACAGCAUAAAUUGGGCACUUAUUAGGUGCACUAGCCCGCCUGAGGUGCCGAGGAUAAUCAAACAUGAGAACCGGACUGGUGGUGAGUUUCCGGUCAUACUCGAUGGGAAAAUGGCAGGAGUCAAUUUGAAACCAUGUGGGCAAUAUCUAGACAUGGAUUUCUUCUAACUUUGGCAGAUCUGUUCUGUCGUCAGUGCGCUUUGGCACAAUAUCAAUCUCAACUCGCUGCGUCGUUUGGUCCUAAAGAGAAGUUUUAAGUUUUACAGUGAGGAAUGCAAUACAGUUGUUGUGGUUGCUCUCUUUAGGCAGCGGAUCUCAGUAUGAUGGAAGAUAUGUAAAUCCUGGUUACUCUUUUGUUACCGAGUGCUCCUUAUAAUGACGAAGGCCGUUGUUGUGGUUGCUCUCUUUAGGCAGCGGAUCUCAGUAUGAUGGAAGAUAUGCAAAUCCUGGUUACUCUUUUGUUACCGAGUGCUCCUCCUAAUGACGAAGGCCGAGAAGGGUGAUCCAGGCUUAGUUUUGUAUGCUGAGGCAACAUAGUUGGAAAAGGAAUUGCGGCUCCUGGGAUAAUUGGAGUGGUCACAAGUUUCAACAGAAGUUUGCAGGUUUCUUUUGCUGUUUUACUGUAACUUCCUCAGUGGUUUUUAAUGCCCAUCAUGAGACUGAUGGAAUAAUAUAAGGAGGAGAGCGGCAGAUUAAAAAGAAUGUGGUCUGUCUUCUAAAUUUGGAGGCAAAAAUGGUUGGCAGCUGACAUGAUUAUUUCACUGGUAAAGAAUGCCAGGUUUCAUGGCAAAUAUGUGUGCCUUGGCACAUAAACACAAUUCCCCGUCUCAUACUACAUAGGCUAGAUUGAGAAUUUGAUGUUGUAAGCAAGGUGUUUACAGGAUUUUCUUUUCUUUUCUUUUCUUUUCUUUGUUUAAAAUGUUACUCCUAUUCAAUGAUUUUUAUAUUACAUGGGUACGACAGGACUCGCAGUUCAAAUUUGAUCUUAUCU